UACCUCAGUCUCUUCACUGUUGGCAAUCACUUCAUCACAAUUAUCCACGCUGAAGCUGCGCAUGCUUCUACUCUACAUACGCUUUUUGAGAGAUCCGACACAGACCCCUCCACACUGUGACAAUGCAAGCCGUUCACGAGCAACACCGAGCGAGCUAUAUGCCUGCCUCGUCUCGUCAGAGCCGCAUGGCUAUUGAUGCUCUCUUAAACCCCUCUGCGGAAAAUGAAACCGCCAGUACUCGGUCCCAAUAUAGCCAACAGGGUUCACCGUUAUACCCCCCCAGUCCAAAUCAAUACUUCUACGCUCCCUACACGGAGAGCCACCAUUCUUACCGGGAGGAUUCGCAGGAUCAAGGAUAUAUGUCAUAUCAAACACGAUCGGUGGAAUCCUCCCCGGACCCUUACUCUCGUGAUCGAUACGACUCGGUAUCCAGCAGCUCUAGCAAUGCUGCAGAGCGCCGCCGGCCUCCCCGACCCAAAUACGAAGAAGAGGAGAUGUACUUUAUUUGGUACCACCGUGUGGACCUCUGCCAGGAGUGGAAGGAGGUCCGUGAAAGCUUCAAUCGACAGUUCCCCGACCGGCAGCGACGCGGGUUCCAGGGUAUUCAGUGCAAGUUCUACCGCUUCAUCAAAGAAAAGAAGUGCCCCACGUUGCGGGAGCAGCGCCGCAUGCGUGACGGCGACUUUCUUCGGGAGGGGGCGGGAGUUGCCGACUCGGGGGCUCCGAAGUUUGGAGUGAUAGAUUGGGUGGGAAUCUGGUAUCCAUGGAUGCGUGAGGACAAAGAAGAAGUGCGCAGGCGACGUGCGCUGAUGGCGUCGAGGUAAAUGGUUCUGUUUUCGAUUAGCUCUUCUAUCCGGCAGACCUGGUGCAUUCCCCCGCGCUCGCUGUUCUCUCCUCUAUCUCUCUUCUUUUCGUCAUCGACGCCACCAUUACCUCGCACACUCAUCUAUUUUUCACGGCCGACUCCGAAGAUACCUCUAUUUUUAAUCAUCC